GAAAGCAUAUGUACAAUCAAUGGUGGGGCCAUUCGUUGUCCAUCCAUUCGUGCCGUUCGUUGUCCAUCCAUUCGUCUCAUGCAACUCAGAUACACUCACACACAUACACACAGAUGUCUAUCGUCAGCUUCGUCGGUGGGCGAUGGAGAGCUUGUUGUCAUCAUGCUGCAGCACGAUGAUCGUGCCGCAUACGUACGCGAGCUGUUCAUGAUCAGGUACGGCAGACUCGAGCAGGUCGCGUGUGGCGGCGUCAAGGCCCAGCAGGUUGAGCACCACCAUCUCGCACGAGAGCUGCAUUAGCGAUCUCAAGCUGCGACACGCGAACUCCACAACGUCAGUGACCCCGGCAGGGACUGACACAGAGAUCAACACACGCACACACACAGAGACGUUCACUUACUCACUGAUGGGCCGUCUCUGGCACAAGACGGACGAACCUGUGAGGUCGACAAUGAGGUACUGGAUGGCGACCCAUCCAUUUCCGUGCUCCUCUUACUCGAUGCCGCCACUACCCACCCCCUCCAGCUCACCCAGGUGCACCAGGCUCAGCUCCCCACUCCUUGAGUCGCACCCUAUGGCAUCCGCAAUUCUCACCGCCUCCCCCUUGGGAAUACUGUUGACUAACAGCUGCUGCAAGUUGGGCAUCUUGCUUGCCAGCUCGAUGCCGACUGCCGCCGUCAUGCGCUCGCUGAUCACCAGAGCUGACGCCUGAGGUAUCGGCUGCAUCUCCUCGAUGAUGGCGACGGCAGCGAGGCCAGGAGCGGGGGCGGGAGGGGCUGCAGGGGCUUGGAGAAGCGAGUCGAUAUUGGCAACCAACACCCUUGUGGCCUUGUCGAAUGCAAGGCCUCUGGCCAAGUCGAGCAUAGCAGGUGUGGGCGUGUCGAGAGGGGUGGAGAGGGUGGAAUUGAGGCCUACGGACACCUGAGCCGCCUGCUGGGCCAGCUGCCGCAGGACGGUCUUGAGGAUGGGGGAGCUGGCGGGAGGGAAGAGGGCGCUUUGUAGCAGCACCAGAUCGAAUAUGCCGACGCCCCCAGUCAACGUGAGAGGGACGUUGUCGACGCACACGGCAUUCGCGAAUUCCUGGAGGUCCUCGGCGAAAAGGAAAACCGGGUGGCUCACCAUCGCCUCGUCGACGAGUUUGACCUUCAGCGACCUGAGGGACCGACAGCAGCCUCGUGCCACGAGAAUCAACUGCAGCGAAUACAGAGAGGAAGCAAGAAAGCGGAUGGAAACGCAAGUAGCAUUUAACACGUGUUGUCCGUCUGCUGACCUGCAGUUCAGACGCCCAGCCAUCCAGCUCCUGCAAAUUGAACAAGACGCCGCGGGUCUCAAUCGGCCCGAUACCCUCCAAGUUCGCCAGCGGCCCCUGAUGCCUCUCAGCUGCGACAGGCACCUGCUCCAACACCUCAGCCUUCUGGUCAACCGUCGAGGACACAUCGAAUGCUCUUAAACACCGCGACGAGCUGACGAGCGGUCCCAGUGUGUCGACGUGCUCGUGCGCCUGCACACGCUGCAGCGACGGGACGCGCCAGCCGCGGCUGCCGAUGCCACGAUGGUGGGCAGUGAGGCCGCUGAUGGAUGUGAGGGCGGGGAGGGACGGGGGAGGGGCAUGCACAGGGGGGAGGAUGGGAUUGAUGCGUCCGACAGACAGCAUCUCCUCCUGGCUGAGCUCAGCCGCCUCAAAUGUGAUUGCCGUGAGUGAGCCGUCAGCGAUGUCGGCCUCCUCUCCCCGCCUCUCCGCCUCUCUUCUCUUCUCCGCGACCAUCGCCCUGCGGGCCUCCGUGUGGCCUUCGAUGAGUGCCGUGAUGACGUCCAGACACCAGGCGCCCUCGCCAGCCGGGUGACAGCACCAGGUGCGGGUGAGUUUGGGCAUGCGGCCGCCCCACCUCUUGGCCACGUUGACGGGCAUCGCCUGCCAGAAGGCCCUGUCGGCGGCCCGGGAGCAGUCGAUGUCCAGCUGGCGGCACUGAGCCCCGGCCUCCAUGGAGAUGCUGUUGCUGAAGAGCGGCCAGACGCCGAAUCCCGAAAUGAGAAUGAGGUCUUCACGCGGCAGACGCCUCCCAGCCUGCAACAGCAAGGAAAUGGACACAAGAACACGCGUACGUGGACUUCCUUCCGGGCUUGCCUGUCCCUCAUUGAUUGGCCCUCGUCCCGACUGAUGAAUCAAACGAAAAGAUGUGCCACCAGUGGUCGUGCUACUCAUCCUGCACACAUGGCAUCAAUACGUCAUUUGAAUGGGAGGCGCUCAACUCGCGAGUGAGUGCUGGUCUCACCUGCAUAGGUUCUCGUGAGAUUCUGAACUGCAGUUUCUCC